AACUGCUAGAUAUGUGCUGAAUCUUUCAUGCAUAAAGGACUACCUCUUUAUGACCUGGUCAUUAUCUUUGACAAACUGAUGAAACCAUAGGAAAAUGAAUUUCUCUUCGUUGAAUUCUGGUCUAAAAAUAUCUGGGGGGAGAUUAAGUGGUUCAAGAAGUAACGCUCUAAUGGAUGACAGAGACUUUCCACCAAAUGAUCUGCAAAUAGACUCAAAGGACAGUCUUCCUGCUAACUAUAGGGUGGAAAGUUUGGCAUCUCAUUUGAUUCCUUCAGCUGAUGAAAAUGAAAAUCAACUUGACAGUGAUGGGAAUGAAGUUCUGACCAGUAGCAGCAUUGCUAUGGGACGACAGGAUAAAGGUGAACAGGAUAACAUCAAUAAUAAUGAGAAUAUGGACAGUGGAGACUGGAUCCCAAGCUGCAAGGAAAGUGAGACUGAGAGAAGAUCUGUAAAUGUCCAUAUGGACCCUCAGCUGGAGGAAAAGCCUGUCACAGAAAAACAGCCAGGUGGAAAAAGAAGUCCAAGAAGCAAAAGAAGCUCCAGUAAAAAAUCUAAAGGCAUUUCUACAGUGGGAGCCACAACAAUCCAGGAGGAAAGUGCUCUGAAUACAGAUACAGAUUUUGUGCAGGCUGAAAGUGUUGUUGAAGCAAAGGAAAACUUUCAUCCAAAAGACCAAAAGCAAACAUUGCAGUCUCUUUUCUCUUUGCUCCGUGAAGAGGUUGAGCAGAUGGAUUCAAAGAUACUGCCCCUGUGUCUCCAUCAGAUAGCUGAGACCUAUUUUCAAGAGGAAGAAUAUGAGAAGGCCAUGAAGUUCAUUCAGCUUGAACGACUUUAUCAUGAGCAGCUGCUUGCAAAUCUUUCUUCCAUACAGGAGCAGUGGGAAAGAAAAUGGAAGACAGCAGUUCCCAGUCCAGUUACAACACUGAGGAAUUCAGAUAAAGAGCUGAGUGGCCAAGAACUGGAGAAGCUUACUAGAGUUUGCACUUCACAUCAACAGCCACAGGCAUCCAAAAGUAAGCUAGUAGCUGCAGAAAAUACAUGGAAAAGCAGUUGUUUACCUCAGAUAAUGGAAUCCAAAACUUUAAAGGAAAGAGAAGCUACUGCUUUUAAAUCAGGUACUGAAACUUGUCCUGGCGUUGCACCAAAGAAAGAAGAUAAACAGCUGAGCUCUGUUUGCCCAGGUGAAAACCAAACUGAGGGACAGACAGAGGCAGCAAGUGUCCGGGUAGCUGCAGGAAAGGACCACAUGGAGGAGCAGCUCUGCAGGGCUGAAUCCACGCUGGAGCCACACACCCAGUCCUCAGGGACAGGGGGCAGGCCUUCCUCGGGCUGGUUGUCAUCUGGGGAUGCUGGUAGAGAGAACAGCCUGCAGCUGAGGGAAAGACAGCUCGCCAAGGAUGCAGUGGAAAUAGAAGGGGCUGGGGAGCCUGGAGUGAAACUCCCUCUUGAGCCAAUGGUAGAUGCUUUGGCUUUAACAGAUGAUGGUUAUAUGCCUGCUGAUUUGGUUCCUUCUGAUAAAGAUGUGCCAGCUGAUAGAAGUCUGCUCAGAUCAAAACAUGCUGCUGGGUCUUCAGAAAUUCCUAGUGGCCAGCUUGGAAACAGUGAUUUAAAGCAGCAACAGAUACAGCCUGAUGAUGAUGAUGAUGAUGAUGAUGAUGAUGAAGAUGAAGAUGAACAGUCUUCAUGGGACAGAACUGCCUCAGGUGAAUGCUCUGGGUGUAAUGAAGGGUCUGAGCAUGAGAGUGCUGCCCAUUCACGGGUGUGCAAGGAAAUAGGACAGAAGGAGAAGGUCCAUCAUGAACAAGAAGAUUUAUUUCUGAGAUUUUUGAAUGGAAACAUAAUAGACACUGAAGAAUCUGCAGACUUUGCAAACCAAGAGGACUUUGACGCUGUUCCAGAUAUUUCACCUAAACGAGCAUCUUAUCACUCCCUGGAAGCUCUAUCUCUAGAUGACAGCUUUUCUUCUCUUGAUGAACUUACAAGAAGGAUAGAGAUUACUGAGAUUACCCCAGUGGAAGGAUUGGUGUCUAUACUAAAGAAGAGAGAUGACAGAGAUGGAAAAACAAUUGCUCAAGUCCAGCAAAGGCAAACAAAGAGAAGAGUGAGAUUCCAAGAAAUGGAAGACACAUUGGAUCAAGAUGAAGUGUCUGGUGGCUCCUGUAUUUUGCUGGUCCUGCUGUGCAUAGCAACUGUUUUCCUUAGCAUUGGAGGAACUGCGCUGUACUGCACCUUUGGUGACAUGGAAUCCCCUGUGUGUACUGAGUUUGCAGCCAACAUGGAUUUCUAUUAUACACAGAUACUGCAGCGUGUGGAAGAGCUAAAACACUGGAUAGCCUUCUCAUAGCUGAAGGGAGUGGACACAGCACGCUCAGAGCUCACCUGUGGUUACUGGAGAGAGUAGAACAAAAUUGUGAUUUCAAGUUCUUUAACACUUGCCACCUGCAGGUGAUGUGUAUUUGAUGAUAUACUUUCACAUUUACUUAGAAAUCAAGAAAAUUUUAGUUUAGCAAUCAGGUGGCACAAUGUUCACAUCUGUUCACAACUGUAGCAGCGUGGUAUGGGAGCAUAAAAAGUCAUUUUCUUCAUCCUUUUGAAAGUAGGCAAGUAGCUUUUCAUCCACUUGAGCAAGUGAAGAAGAAGGAAGAAAAUUAACUGUCUUCUGUAUUCUCUCCCAUUGCCACACAUUGUGUAAGCAAUCUCUGGAAGCUUAGUAAAAGGACAGCUUUAAUUUACAGCUGUUUGUGCAAAGGUGUUGCCUCCAGCUAUCAUGCAAUAAGUCUCUGUUUUAUGGAAACAUUAUUUUUUUUCUAAGUCUUAAUGUUUUUAUCCAUUUUAUUUCUCCUGGUGAGCCAUGUAAUUAUUUGGGUGGAGUGAGAAGAGUGCAGUGGCAUUCACAGAGCCCUCAUUUGGUAAUUACCAGGCUGACCCUGUAUCUUAGAGCUUGCAGUGAAAAUCAUGAAUGGGAUAAAUCUGCUGGCAGAUUUCACUAAAUUUCUUGGACCUUUACUCUCAGUAUCAUGUGGGUUGUUUUAGAAAUGGAAGGUUAAAAAAGAAAUCACUGGUCUCACUAAACACAGAAACAAAAGAUGUUUACUAAAUUAUUCAUAUUAAAUAAUCAAGUGGCUUUGGCUCAUUUUAAAGCACCUCGGAGCAGGUGUGGGGCUUAACUGGGUUUUUCUCCAGCUACAUCACUGACUUGGAGUAAUCACUUUGUGCCUCAGUUUCUCCUCCAUAAAUGGGGAAUAAUGAUCCUUGCCUUUGUCUAUGAAUAUUUAUUGGAAUUAGGGCUCAUGUCUGAUUCAUCCCAAAUGAGUGCACAGGCUCACAGAACUGUGUGGCUGCAGCCUCUGGGUUAUGUAAAGGGGGACUGAUCCAGCAGAAAGGUUCAGAGGCUCACUGCAGAUCCACAGCCUGUCAGCGUUCCAGGGCACUUGUUCCAGCCGAUAAAGCACACUUGCAUUUAUUUGCCCUGCAGUUCUGAGACCUGGAUUGUAAAAUCUGUUCUUUCUCAGCUUUACAAACAAAUUUAGAUGAGUGCAAAGAGUAAUUUGAACUGGGUGUUUCUAUCCCUUGGUGCUCAGCCCUCCCUGUGCGGUGUGAGAGAAGCACUGGCAGUGCAGUGAAGGUGAGAGUUGGAUACAGAGGCCUCUGGGCAGGCUCUGCUCGAGGGCUGGCAGCUGUUCUUGCCCAGAGCCCACUGUGCAGCCCUGCUGACAGGGUGAGUGUGAAAGGAUUCCUUUACACCUCAGGAAACUGCAUUUUUGAGGGGCCCACUUCACUCCACUCUGUGAUUUCCUGCUUACUAACCUUGUAUGAUGCAGCGUGUUCAGGUUUAGGACAUUAUUUUGUAAAAUGCUAUGAAGUGAAAUCUUUGAGAUGCUGCUCAGAAUUAUAACAUUAAAGAUCAUGCUUUCUGACAUUUGCAAGCAAAUUGUCCCUCUAGUGAGCUUGGUUGUUCCUAAUGCACUGUUACACUUAACGGGUUUUUAAAGUAAAAGUUAAAAUCAUGUUUUUUUCUAGAAUAAACUGCAUGUAUGAUUUCUCUUUUGGUUUUCACUGUGGAGGCUUGGUUUAUUUAUACCCUGGGGAGCCUCAUGUGCAGCUUUAUACUAAACUAGCAAAUUUCAAAUGCCCAAAUUAAUGAAAACUUUUGCUUUUAGAAAGAAACUUGAGAAUGGUAGUUUGGGGGUUGUUUGUUUCUUUGUUGUCCUCAAGAGUAUCAUGAUGGGCCACUCUAAAGGAGAAAGGGAAAGACACUUCUGUGUUUUAAAGUGUUACUGGCUGGUUCAGUUUAUUAUUUGAAUUCUGGGUUUGUUUGUUUAUUUAUUUAGUUUUUCUUUUAAAGAGAAGCUUAAUUUUCUAUUUUGGCAACUUACAGAAUAAUUAAAAAGCAUGCUUUCAGUUAAAGUAUGUAUUUAUAGUGACUAUGUAGUUAGAAUAUAUUUUGAGUCUCUGUAACUUUGCAUUGAGUGUUUCUGGAUAUUAAGUUUAUUCCUAAAGAGACAACUGUUCAUUUCAGCUUAAAAAAAAUAUUUUUAACUUUUUGUGCACUUCAUCACCAAAAAAAUCAAGAGGUAUUUAUAGAUCUAUUUAUUUUAAAGUAUAUCAGACAUGGAUGUCAAAGAUCCACAACUUUUAGGUUCAUUUAAUUAAAACUAUUUUAAAGCAAUUUUUUUUUAUUUUAUUUAAAACUAUAAAGCUAUUUAAAAUCAAAGCAAUUUUUACUAACUAUUUCAGUUUCAAAUCAGUGAUCCAAAUCCUGGUGUUUUCUCUCUGUGCUGUGUUGCUGGUGCAAAGACUCGGGAGCAUCAGCAGAACUGCCUACGAGAUGAUGAGAGGGUUGUGCAGCACGUCACCAACGUGUGCCCGCUGACAAGUGAGCAGCCGGGAUUCUGUGUGAGCCAGACCCCUUCCCUUGGGGCCUGGGCAUCUCUUCAGCCUUCCCCAGCUGUGCCAGGGCAGCAGCCCUGCCAGGCCCCCAGGAUCUGGGGGAGCAGAACAGGCACAUGAGCACAGGCUGUCCGGCUCCUGAGCUGAGCUGAGCUGCUCACUCCUCAGUGGCAGCCAAGGGUUCACAUCUGGAUCCAAUUUCUGUUGGCAUUCCUUUAUGAAAAGCUGAUGGUGCAAGUUCUUGCUUUGUAUGGCAAUUCUGUCAGUGCAAAUGGUCUGUAGGAUUACCAAACCUGCAGCUAUCAACAGAACAAAAUUUGCUCUGCAUUGGAGCUCCAAAGAGUGUGCAGGCAGGCCUGGUGUUGGCCCUCCUGUGUGUUCUGUUCUCUUUGGAAUACUGGUGACAUUGCUUCCAGCUGGGUGACUUGAGGGCUUAGGACCUUACAGACAGGUAAAUCAAAGCAAAAAGAAAUAGCGGAUUGGAACAGUUAUUACUCGUCUGAGUGUUUGAGGUAAAAUAAUACCAAGCAACAGCUAAGAUUGUUUCAGGAGGAAGAAAGCAGUGGGAAAAGGCUUCCCCUACACACACACACUUGGUGCAUUUUAAAGCCUUUUGUAUAUAACUUUUUAUUCAUUGUUUCCUUCCCUGCCACUGUCUUUAUGGCUGUUCUGCUUGGAAAUAGAGGGACCAUACUGUGCUGAGUUGGAAACAUUUGUCAUUGAUAGAAACAUUCAGGAAAUGGUUCCAUACUUGACAGUAGCUUAAAAAACUUUCCAUAAAAUAAGGCUGGAUUUCAGGCUGCUAGUGUACCUUCAGAGAAGUUGUGCCACUUAAUCAUCUGCAGCACUCUGCUAGAAACCCCCACCUUCCUGUUUACUCUUUGAGCAUAAUUAUUUCAAAGAGAUUCUUGUGAUAAAGAAAAAUCCAACAAGGCUUUUUAUGUAGAUUCAGCAUUAUGCUGACAAAAGGUCUGACCACAUAAUUAGCACCCUCACCUCCAACAGACUAGACCAAGAAAGGCACUGUGCUGCAGUGUAACCACACUAGACUACAGGCUUCUUCUCAAGACAGCAUAAGGAAGCAAACAUUCCACAACUCAGGUAUGCCAGCAGAAGUUUGUGAUCUAGACUUGGGCGGUAUUUUGAUUUUUUUUUUCAUUAUCCUUGGUUUCAUACCUGGAAAAUGCAUAGUAGCCCUGGUGACAAGCAGUAGAGGAAGUUUUGUAACCCAAAGGGAAACUCUGGUUUAGGGUUCUUGGUAGUAAAGGGCAAGUUUGAACUAUCAGGUAAACAGAGUACAUUGGAAGUCCAGAUUCCUGUGUGACUGGGUACUGUUCCACUCAAUAACCUGAAGGGAUGACCCUCCUGGGGAAACAUGUUUGCCUACUUUGUACUGCAAUGUAAAACCAAGAACAUCUGAGGGGAAUCAAAGUUAUUUGUAACAAAUUUAUCUUAAGCUUCCUUUAGCAAAAGGAGUAAAUAACUGUCUUUGAAAGCCACCCAAGCUUGUAAUUUACAUACUGUAGCAAAAAAAAAAAAAAAAAAAAAUAAAAACUGUCCCAAAGAAAAUACAUUAACCUUUUUGGAUACUGUGAUUUCUAAAUGUCUGAAAAGACUGAGAUUUUCUGUGAAAUUCAAGUAAAUGAACAGUACCUCCAAUAUGAAUUUCAUUACUAAACCCAAAUCAGAAUGGAAAGUGAGGAUAAAAUGUGUAAGGUUUGGUGUAGUUUUCCUGGUUUCCUUUGUUUCAAUAGUUUAACAAAAACCCAGAUUCCUCACAGAGCCUGGUGGGAUUCAGGUACUAAAAUGUUGCCUUACUGUAUCAUUGUGAAAGCAAAUUGACACAUGGUGAGUUUCAGAAUUCCUAGUAAUGGGUGGGUAACCUGGAUAAUGGUCACAAGGCAUUCUGCUCUCUGAACUCAAUGAAAGAAAUAAAACCACAAACAGUUGCAAGUCAAUCCAACCUAGCAGCCUCUGAUCUGAAUAGGAGUAUGUCAAUGCUACAUUUUGCAACACUUUCCCAUCCAUUUUUAUUCCGUCUGUCUCCUUUCCACUUUACUGUUCUUUCCCAGUAUGAAAUAGCACAUUUUCUAUCAUUCACAGGACCAUGGGGGAAUUGAUUUAGGAAGGGACCUCAGAAAGUCUCUAGUCCAACUUUCUGCUCAAGGCAGGGUCAGCUGAGGUCAGACCAAAUUGCUCAGGGCUUUAUCCAGUUGGGUCUUGAAACCCUCCAAGGAUGGAGACUGCACAACUUCCCUGGGCAUAUUCCUCUGCCUGGCUGUGCUCAGGGUGAAAAGGUUUUUCUUUAUGCCCUGUGUAAUCUCUCUUUCCAUUUGUUGUCUCUAAUGCUCCCAGUACUGCUGUGAGGGCAUUUCUUAGUAACCUCCUCAGAGAGAUCAGCUCUUCUCCAGGCUAUACACUAUUUUCUACCACUGUCCUCCUGAUUCUUCUCCCUUUCUUGUCCACAGUAUCUUCUUUCCUGACAGGGAUCCAGAAUUCUUCUAUUAAAAUAGGGAUCCUGCAUCCCUUCCACCUCACACUCUGAAAUUCAAUAGUUAGAUUUAGAAAUCAGCAAUGAGGCCACAGGCAAAACUGAAAUAGCAAUUACAACUAAUUUUGCAGUAAAAACUCUUGACUCUCACUGGCUCAGCAGUGUACAGCAGUGGUGGCAGAACUUACACUGAUUCUUGUACCACUCUUAAACAGCUGGUGUUUAAAGGACUUCAUGCUGAUGUCCAUGUGUCUUAAUGAAAUAUUUGAAAUAUUUUUCUCUAAAAUAGCUACCCAAGGAUGCCUAAAAUAUUUAACUAUAAAUUCCUUUCUUAAAAAUGAUUUUUUUAGAAUUUGGCUCCUUUAGAAUUUAAGGCUCCUUUAUAUAAUUUGUGAUUUGUAUUACUUUGAAUUAAAAGUCAUGGUAAUUCAUGUUGUCAUAACUUGAGCCUAGGGUUUACUGAUUUCAGUAAUGUCCAAAUAUUGUGGUCAUCUCUUGAAGAAAAUGAUGGUGGGGAGUAGGUGCAUGCUGUUUUACAGUUGCUCUGUGACAGCUGUUACUGAAUUGAUACCAGUGAAUUUCAGCCAAAGUCCUACACUUGGGUUCAUCCGGAUUUUUUAUUUUUUUAAUAUGGCAAACAGGCUAAAACAGAAAAUAUUAGAGACAGCACUGAAGCACAGCCAAAAUUUCUGAGAUAUGUCCAAUACUAGACCAAAGUCCUCCAUUAAUCUAAAAUCUUAAGCUGCUCUUCUUGAAAACAAGUUUGAAUCCAUCUUCACAUGACAUCAGAUCCGUCAGCUCUCUCCCUCUGCUUUUUGCCAAGGAGCUGUCUAGCAAAGUGUCAUCUUUUAGCCAAGCUGGCCCCUGCUGCAGCGCUCAUUUGUGAGGCUGCUGGGAAGGUUCCAGUAACACUCCUGUCAAGUGCCAGUGAAUGAUCGUGUCCCCUUUCAUUGCCUGGCACUGAAAAUGAGUUUAGGCCCCACUAUUGUGCUUUCAUAGAGUGAUCAGCUUUAAAGCUGCUACCAAAACAGCUUUCAGAGUGAGAGCUAAAUGUUGUUCAGAAAGCACCAUGUGCCAAAUACUGCAAUGAGAAAGCUUGACUGGUUUUGCCAUAACAUGUCCAGACUCCACAGUUGCUGUUUGCGGUGCAGGGAAGCAGUGCCCAUGCUGUGUUCCCAACAGUGCCCCCCUUAAGCUGGCCAGGAUUCAUCCUGUUCUCCUGAGCCAGCAGCCUUGCAUGAGAAGGGAGUGGUUGCAUCAGAAAUGAUGAAAGCAUACAUGCACUAGAGGUUGAGCAAUGUGAGGUGUGAGAUGUUCGUUCCACGUAAACCAUGCACCUAAAACUAGAAGCUUUUUUCUUUGCUUUUUAAACUUCCAUCUAGGAAGCAUUAAUCAGUUUCCUUUCUUAUCUUUGUAUUAGAGAAAUACAGCAUGAAGCCAAUUCCUCUGUUUCUUUUCCAGAAAUAGGAAUUAAUGCUUUUUGCCAGAGAGAACAUGCAUCUUGCCACUCGAUGCUGAGAAUCUUCGUGCUUGUACAGCUUUUCUGCCAGAAUUUCCAAUGAAAUGGAUAGAUUGUCUCUGAGGCUAUCAGAGUAGCAAGAACAUUUUCACACUAUUUUUCCUGAGCCAGCUGAAUUCAGUGCACUGUGGAAGGGACUUGCAGAAAAAAGGGAGUGGAACAUUUGAAUCACUAAAGGUCCACACAGUCAAUUUCAGCAAGACAAAAUGUCAGUAUCUACCAUCACAGAAACCAGCGAAGUUGCUUCAAAAGACCCACCAUAAAUAAUGGAAGAGAGUAUGUUUGAAAAGAGCUCUAAAGCAAAAAAAAUAUUCUGAUGCUUCUAGUGACUUUUCAAAGAUUUAAAGAUUUAUGUAGAAAGCUGAUAAAUAAAAGGGUACAACUUCUCAGUGUUACACAAAGGUAAAAACAAAAUAUCUUGCGGGCAUAAGGGCUGCAGAAAUAAUGUAGCAAAGACCUUACUUAGAUCAGCUAUGAUAAUUUUUGUCUGGAAAGAAUAAAAAAUAUUUCUGAUAAAGGUAUCUAUCAGUGAUGGGGUUUUUUCAUCAGAUUUUACAGAAACAGAAAAAUGACACACAAUAGUUCAAUGACAUCAGGGAGGAAAAGGGUCUAAGGAUUAAAAUAUUGUUAAAUUCUUUGUAGACUCCUUAGGAGCAAGUGGUUUGUACAAGGUCAUGUAGCAGGAAGAGCAAGAUCAGAGUUUAUAAAUCCUAUUUUAUGAUCUUUUGUCUGUUUCCAGUUCCCACUAGAACAGGACAGAUUAGGGAAGAUAAAUGAGUAGCCUUUUGUUCAUAGUCUCUUUGACUUCAUACAGCUUUGAAGACUUUCUUUAAAGAUAUUUUCAUAUUAUAAAUUUUGUGGUGAUCUUAUGGAAUCAAUUUUAUUCAAUGGAUAAAUUUCCUUUCUAGUAUGCAGGACAAACUGCAAAUGCCCUUUUGGCAUAUUUUUAGUACUUGAUAUCAUCAUAGCCAUGGUAGCUGGUUGCUAUUUACAUGUAUUAAAACAAAUGGUAUCAACAGACCACAAACUUGUGGGAACACAAAGUAUAAUGGCAAUUUCUAUCAUCAGAAAAUGAGGCUCAGGCUGUCUGCAGUUACUUUGUGUUUCACCAUCUAACUCAUGCUCUGUUAAGUACCAGGAAAAUAACAAUUCUCAGCAGAAGGGGCCCUGCUGAGAAUCCUAAUCAAGGCACAAUCUCCCAGCUCUGCUGGGCUUCACACAAUACCUGUGCCUGUGCCAAGAGGGAGGAAACAAAGCGAUGUGGGAAGAAGCUGCAGUCACCAGAUUCUGCCUUCUGGCAGAAAUGAAGUUCUUGUGAGGCACAGAAAGGUUUUGACCAUAAAGUGGAUGUUGUCAUCACUGUCUGCAAAUGCGAAAGAUGAAAAUAAUUUCAAAAGCUCUUGGCAUCCCUAAAAAAUGACUUUAAUAACCCUAUUUUCAUUUCAAUUUUUGUGUUACUGAAAGCUUUCCCUUGGUUGAAGGCAAAGAAAAUUAUGCAAUGUUUUUGACGUUUUUUUUGAUGUGUACUGUCUCUUGCAUUUUUCUAUAAAUAGGGAAUUACUUUUCUGAGUCAAUCCACUGGGUAAUAGCCCAUGAUUUACCUACAAAGGCAAAGUAGAUGGCCAUUAGCAAUAAGUGACUCAUGUAUUAUAAAACAGCCCCAUUAAAAGGAACCAUCCCUAUCAAGUCAUGCAGCAGGAUGAUGAAACAAUAUUUUCAGUGAAUAAGCUGAAUUUUGCAAUGUGUAACAAGCCUUGCACAGCCCACCCACACUGCCAGCUCAGUCUGGCACUUUGGUGCAAUUUGUGCUGGGAUCUUUCAGGGCUAAAAUUUCUCAGUACAGAGCAGCCAAGGAGGGGAGUGUUCUUCCCUUUGCUCCUUUCACCACAGAGAUGACCAGGUCUCUCAAAGCUUUACAGCCAAGAGUUGUCUUUAAAGACACCUGCAGCUUCAGCAACGAAACCCCAAAACUGUGACUCAAAUGUUCUGCUCUCAGGAGAUCAAGCAGUGUCCUUUAGGACUGAGCCUGACAUUGUUUUGCCUGCAGUCCAGCACAGAAGAGACUGCACAGCUGUCCUGUGGCACUGAACUUGCUGAUAUUCAUUAAGUAGAUAUGUGUAGCAUGAGGGAUCAAAGACUUUGGGAUGCCUGAGCAAAAGCAUCAUGGAAACCCUAAAAAGACUUGUAGAAAGUUUUGAGUGGAAGCAGUGCUGCUGAGACUGCCUCAUGAUUUCACUAUCAUUCAAAUAGGAACAAGUUUCGUAAGGUGAAAAGGCUGCACUCUGUGGCAUUUACAUCACAGAGCAUUUAUCACAGUCAUGAAUUUAAAUGUGGUUUAACAGGUCACUAGAUCAGAGACAGGGCAAAUUUAAUUUUAUUUUCUGGUUAUUGUUCUGAACUGCACUGUUAAAUAGAAAACUACUUUCUUUCCAGAUUUUGGGGUAUGUUUUGGUAGUGGUGGUGGUGGGGUUUUUCCUAGUCCUUAUAUUCUUUUCCAUUUUAUUUUCCUCAAAUCUUCAUCCCUGCCUCUGGACAAAAUCCUUAUUAACUAAUUGGUUUGAUAAUUUUUUUUUUUUUAAUAUGGCCAGAGAAGAAAAUGGCUGUGGCUGGAAAAGGCUGUGCUGUGACACCAUUUGAAGUAGUUGGGAGGAAGAGUUGAUGAAGUGAUAAGAACACAAACCUGGAACUUGGGAGGGUUUACUUUAAUUGUCUGCUCUUCCACAAAUUUCCUGUGUGUUCUCAAGCACAUCACUGAAUUCUCCUGUGUUUCAGUACACUGCAUACGUGACAGGGACAAUUCUCUGAGGCUCCCUGUGGCAGUUCUCAUUCUAAUGAUCCUGAGAGUGAGUGGAGUCAUGGUAAUUUCAGAAGUAACACAUUUCAAGCAACAUCAGCAACUUGCUAGUCACGCUUCGGCUGAGAUGGUUACCCUGCAUUGUCACAAGUAAUUGCAAUGAACCUUGCAUCUGACAAAAGAAGGGAAGAAAACCCUUCUUGUUAUUCACUUUCUUUUUUGAGUUUUCUCUGAAUAUGAGAGCUGCUUCAGAGGGGCUAUAGGAAAGAAGUAUGGAAAAAUAAGGAGAUAUACUUUAAUAUUUCUGCCAGCUAUUGUGCUGUGCCAUCAGGUGAAUAAAUUGCAUUCAGUUUGGAGGUUUUUUUUGUGAGUUGUUUUAGCAUCAUAAUGACUAUACUGUGACAUUUUACAGCUAUUUUGAGAUACCUGCAGAAAAUAAAAAGCUGUAGAAAUAAAAA